GAGCAGGCGCGGCCUCGUGUCGGCCGGAGGGGGCGGGCGCAACGGCGCGCGCUGCGUCCCGGCGCUCGGCUUUCCCUCCGCCUGUCCCGCCCUCCGUCGCGGCGGCGCGGUGUACCCUGGGAUAGGGAGCGAUCUCCGAGCGAGGCGGCAAGAUGGACGCGGGAUUUUUCCGCGGAACAAGUGCAGAACAGGAUAAUCGGUUCAGCAACAAACAGAAGAAACUACUGAAGCAGCUGAAAUUUGCAGAAUGCCUAGAAAAAAAGGUGGACAUGAGCAAAGUAAAUUUGGAGGUUAUAAAGCCUUGGAUAACAAAAAGAGUAACGGAAAUCCUUGGGUUUGAAGAUGAUGUUGUGAUUGAGUUUAUAUUCAACCAGCUGGAAGUGAAGAAUCCAGACUCCAAAAUGAUGCAAAUCAACCUGACUGGAUUUUUGAAUGGAAAAAAUGCUCGAGAAUUUAUGGGAGAACUGUGGCCCCUGCUGCUAAGUGCACAGGAAAACAUCGCGGGAAUCCCUUCUGCUUUCCUAGAACUGAAGAAAGAAGAAAUAAAACAAAGACAGAUUGAACAAGAAAAAUUGGCAUCUAUGAAGAAGCAAGAUGAAGACAAAGAUAAAAGAGAUAAGGAAGAAAAAGAAAGCAGCAGAGAAAAAAGGGAGAGGUCUCGUAGCCCGAGAAGACGCAAAUCCAGAUCUCCUUCCCCUAGAAGACGAUCUUCCCCUGUCAGGAGAGAGAGAAAGCGCAGUCAUUCUCGAUCUCCCCGUCACAGAACCAAGAGCCGGAGUCCUUCCCCUGCUCCAGAAAAGAAGGAAAAAACUCCAGAGCUCCCAGAACCUUCAGUGAAAGUAAAAGAACCUUCAGUACAAGAGGCUACUUCUACUAGUGACAUUCUGAAAGUUCCCAAACCUGAACCUAUACCAGAGCCUAAAGAACCUUCUCCAGAAAAAAAUUCCAAAAAAGAAAAGGAGAAGGAGAAGACCCGACCACGAUCUCGGUCACGCUCCAAAUCAAGAUCCCGGACGCGGUCCCGCUCUCCUUCUCACACUCGACCUAGGCGGCGCCAUAGAUCCCGAUCAAGAUCGUAUUCACCUAGAAGGCGACCAAGCCCAAGAAGGCGGCCAUCUCCUCGAAGAAGAACUCCACCAAGAAGAAUGCCUCCUCCACCAAGGCAUAGAAGGAGUAGAUCACCAGUAAGACGAAGAAGACGUUCGUCAGCAUCCUUGUCUGGGAGUAGCUCAUCAUCCUCUUCAUCUCGUUCACGGUCACCACCAAAGAAGCCUCCCAAGAGGACAUCCAGCCCCCCUCGGAAAACUCGUAGGUUAUCUCCUUCAGCAAGUCCUCCAAGGCGAAGGCACAGGCCAUCACCUCCUGCAACUCCACCACCCAAAACUCGGCAUUCCCCAACACCCCAGCAGUCAAACCGUACAAGAAAGAGUCGUGUUUCUGUGUCUCCAGGGAGAACUUCAGGUAAAGUGACAAAACAUAAAGGUACUGAGAAAAGAGAAUCCCCUUCACCAGCACCGAAGCCUAGAAAAGUAGAGUUAUCUGAAUCGGAAGAAGAUAAAGGUGGCAAAAUGGCUGCAGCAGAUUCUGUGCAGCAGAGACGCCAAUACAGACGACAGAACCAGCAGUCUUCAUCUGACUCUGGCUCCUCCUCCUCCUCAGAAGAUGAACGACCCAAGAGAUCCCAUGUGAAGAAUGGUGAGGUUGGCAGGCGGCGGAGACAUUCCCCUUCCCGGAGUGCUUCUCCAUCACCACGAAAGCGCCAAAAAGAGACUUCCCCUCGGAUGCAGAUGGGAAAGCGAUGGCAAUCGCCAGUGACUAAAAGUGGUAGACGGAGGAGAAGUCCAUCCCCACCACCCACCAGAAGGCGACGGUCUCCUUCUCCCGCCCCUCCCCCUCGACGGCGCAGGACUCCCACACCACCACCACGACGAAGGACUCCUUCUCCUCCCCCACGUCGGCGCUCACCUUCUCCUAGAAGAUACUCUCCUCCAAUACAGAGGAGAUACUCUCCUUCUCCACCUCCAAAGAGAAGAACGGCUUCACCUCCUCCCCCUCCUAAACGAAGAGCAUCACCAUCUCCACCACCAAAGCGGCGGGUCUCCCAUUCUCCACCUCCCAAACAAAGAAGCUCCCCAGUCACCAAGAGACGUUCACCCUCAUUAUCAUCCAAGCAUAGGAAAGGGUCUUCCCCAAGCCGCUCUACCCGGGAGGCCCGAUCACCGCAACCAAACAAACGGCAUUCGCCCUCACCACGGCCUCGAGCUCCUCAGACCUCCUCAAGUCCUCCACCCGUUCGAAGAGGAGCGUCGUCAUCACCCCAAAGAAGGCAGUCCCCGUCUCCAAGUACUAGGCCCAUUAGGAGAGUCUCCAGGACUCCGGAGCCUAAAAAGAUAAAAAAGGCUGCUUCCCCAAGCCCACAGUCUGUAAGGAGGGUCUCAUCCUCCCGAUCUGUCUCCGGGUCUCCUGAGCCAGCAGCUAAAAAGCCCCCAGCACCUCCAUCCCCCGUCCAGUCUCAGUCACCGUCUACAAACUGGUCACCAGCUGUACCGGUCAAAAAGGCCAAAAGCCCGACACCGAGCCCAUCACCGCCAAGAAAUUCAGAUCAAGAAGGAGGUGGAAAGAAAAAGAAGAAAAAGAAGGACAAGAAACACAAAAAGGAUAAGAAGCACAAGAAGCACAAAAAACACAAGAAGGAAAAGGCUGUGGCUGCAGCUGCUGCAGCUGCUGUGACCCCUGCAGCCAUUGCAGCUGCCACAACCACAUUAGCACAGGAAGAGCCAGUGGCAGCGCCAGAGCCGAAGAAGGAGACUGAAAGUGAAGCUGAAGAUAACCUUGAUGAUCUAGAAAAGCACCUGCGUGAAAAGGCCCUGAGAUCAAUGAGGAAGGCCCAAGUGUCCCCACAGUCUUAGGGGGAAAUGUUUGUUAUGAUGUAAAUUUUAUUUGGUUUGUACGCAGUUCAAUUUCAAAAUUGCUAAAAUGUGUUUGAGCUUUAGACUAUAACAUUUGUUGUAAUAAUUGCUAGGUUGAAGUUCAACAUGUAAAAAAAAGGGGGCAUGGAUUUACAUUGCAAAAGGUGUCCACAGUGUAUUAGUGACAUUCUUUCAUUGACAGCUGACAUAAUUCAUUGAGCGAAAUAUUUUAAGCCAAAAAAAUUCCCUUUUUAAAAAAGGGGGUUUAAAUACUGUUGGCAUUUUUAUGGUUCCUUUAAAUGCCCUGGCUAUUCCCAGAGGGGUUUUUUUGUUUGUUUUUUGGUUUUGAUUUUCUUUUUGUUUUUCUUUCUUCUUCUUACAUUUUUUCCAUUCAAGUCUUAGCUCCCAUUUAAGUUAUGCUUCUGACCUUGUAUGGUCUGUAAGCUUGCCCAGAAAUAAGACCACUGUUUUGAACUACCACAAAAGUAUAAAUGAAUAUUUUAAUGCCACAAUCUUUCCUGUUGCCUGUGGAGUCUCUGCUGAAAUGAAUCAGGAUUCGAGCUCUAGGAUGAGACAGAAAAUGAAAGCAUGUUGUUUGCCAGGACACUGUGGGUUUAUAUUGAUGUGUAACAAGUUGAUUUGGAACACUGGACUCUCAUUCUGUUCUUCUGGUUUUGUUUUUUUGUUUUGUUUUUUUCUUUUGUAAAGGCAAUGAGCUAGUCCCAGAAAGGAUCCUUCAGUUACAUACAAUUUGUUUAAUGAAAUGUCAUGGCCCUGUUCAUAUUUUUGUCUUGUUCUUCCAAUUGGUAUAUACAACUUUCAUAGCCUCUUGUAUUUGGAAGGCUGGAAGGGCCCAGACUUUGGAAUAGUGUCUUGGUUUCACUGUUUUUGUUUUGAUUUUUUUUUUUUGAUUUUUUUUUUUAAACUAAAGCUAUAUAAAGCUUGUGGAUUAAACAGAAUAAAUUUCUAAAUUUAAAAA